CACGGAGGCGAGGCGGAGAAUCCACGUUCAUCGAAUCAACCAUCGACUCAUCAUCAUGGCCCCGGUCGGGUUGCCUCCAGGUUUCAGGUUCCAUCCCACCGACGAAGAGCUCGUGAAUUACUACCUCAAGAGGAAAAUCCAAGGCCAGGAAAUCGAGCUCGAUAUCAUCCCUGAGGUGGAUCUUUACAAGUGCGAGCCCUGGGAGCUCGCAGAGAAAUCUUUCUUGCCAAGCCGGGACCCGGAGUGGUACUUCUUCGGCCCCAGGGACCGGAAGUACCCCAACGGGUUCAGGACGAACCGGGCGACCCGGGCGGGCUACUGGAAGUCGACCGGGAAGGACCGGAGGGUGUCAAGCCAGAACCGGGCGGUCGGGAUGAAGAAGACGUUGGUUUACUACAGGGGGAGGGCCCCACAAGGGAUAAGGACUGAUUGGGUGAUGCAUGAGUAUAGACUCGAUGAUAAGGAGUGGGAGGAUGUCUCUGGAAUCCAGGUAGACUCCUACGCGUUAUGUCGUGUUUUCAAGAAAAACGGGCUGUGCUCUGAGGUAGAGGAGCUAGGGCAGUCGAGUAGCAUACCGUUGCUGGAACAUUACAUGCAGGGGGUCUCCAACGAGCACGAGACAAUGUCGCCCGACUUCACCUUGGCGUCAUCCUCAAUCGUCUGUAUAGAGGAAGAGGACAAAGAUGACAAAGACGAGUCAUGGAUGCAGUUCAUUACAGAUGAUGUGUGGUGUUCGUCUAGCGCUACAUAUGGUGGCGAAGAAUGGGUUUCACAAACUAAUGGCACAAGGAAUUAACGAAGGGGGUUCGUUAAUAAUAUAAAACCUUACAUUGAAUCGUUGGUUUAAUUUUUUUUCAAACAAAAUCAAAUCUUCAUGAUUUGAAAAAAAAAGGAAUUUCAAGGUUCAUCAUGUGCAUUACUCUGAUUAUCUCUAAUUGUACUUAGAAAUAUUUUUUUCCUACAUUUCUUUUUGGGUGGUGUAUUAUUCUCUGUACAACCAGGCUAUCUUGUGGCCAUAGGGAUUUGGUUUUCCCCAUUUUUACUAAGGUUUCUUCAUUGGGUUUCA